CAUGUGAGCGUAGUCCGGGCACGCUGCCAAGCGGAGUGUGUGUGUUUUUUGAAUGAAUACCUGAUGAAGCUGACGGAGAGAGCAGUGGGCGGAGCUCUGGUGGUGGAGUACUGUGGGGAGCUUGGGUAGCCAGCGGCCUCGCAUAGCACCGUGCCGGAGCGCCGCGCGCCGCGCCGGGCCAGGACCGGGCUCUUUCACAGCGCGCCGUGUCUCGUCCGCCGGGCCCAUUCCCGAUGGCCCCUCGGCUGCCCAACUCACAGCCCGGCUUUUUCCCUUUUCCCGUUUUUCUCGGGACCGAACAAAAACAAUAGCAGGAAAAAAUAUCCAGACGAAGAGAGCCCAGAAAGACGAGGGUGUUUUUCUGGACUGGGGCCGAGGACGACAUGACUCGUAAAAUGCGAGGGUUUGGGGAUGCGGAUCACUACAGCUGCCAUGGUGCCCCACGCUCGGAGGGAGAUGAUUCCUCAUGAAGUCCCAAGAUCGCUCCAUGACUGCAGGCGCCGUGUCCCAAGCUUCGGCCUGAGGUCCACUCCUACCAGACGCUGAGGACUGACAGCUCAGCUGGCAAGCAAGUGGGUGGACAGCUCUUAGAAGCUCAAAGACAGAGAGAGAUAGAGGAGGAAGGGGGGGAGAGGAGGAGAGAAAGGAAUCAGGUCAGGAGCACAAGACGGGGGGGAGGGGGGGGGGAGGGGCGACCAGAGACUAAACAUGAAGUCGAACCAAGAGCGGAGCAAUGAGUGUCUACCUCCGAAGAAGCGGGAGAUCCUCGCCAGUAACCUGGCGCUGGAGGAGAAGCCGGUGGGGGUAACGGCUGGCAGCGAGGCUCUGCGAGGGGAUAACUUGGCAUGGCUCGCCAGCAUGGCCAGUAGGCAGAGCGCCAUCAGGCACGGCCCCACCCACGCUGAGGAUGACACCGCCCCCCCACAAAACCCCCUCCCUGCCAUCGCUGAGCACUCUCCUCCAUCUUCCUCCACUUCUCUGACCUCAGGGGCGGCACUCACGUCCCUCUCUGCUGUGUACUCCUCACCCCUCUCGCAACAUGGGGGGGCGAUCCAGUACGCCCAGCUGCCCCCCAGUGUGCAGUUCAUUGGCCCGGCCUUCACGGGGCCCUAUGCUGGGUACAUCUCCUCGCAGGUCAUCUCCUCCUCUACAGUUACAUCAGCUCCAGCUGUUACCACGCAGCGCCCCCAGCUGGAGGGUUACGGCAUCUCGCCGGCUGCCACCAUCUCGCAGGCUUCUAGAGCAGACCAGCACCCGCAGCUGAGCGGCUCGCCGGGUCUGCUCGCAGGCAUCCCGUCGCUCCCCCACCCCAUGCACCCGGCCAGCCAGUACGUGCAGAUUGCCAGCACCCCCCUGAGCGUCGCGACCAGGGCUCUCCCCGCGUCCGCUGCGCACGUGCCCCUGCACCUCCACCACAACCCUGCCAUCGUUCCCCAGACCCUCACCCUCGCCCCUUCGCAAGUAGUGGUCCAGUACACCGAUGGGCCUGGUGCCAAGAAGGAGGACGGAAACGGACGAGAGCUGCUGAACGGUGAGGUGGAAAAGAGCCGGCACUACGGCUCUGUGCCGGACACUGGCCGACCCAAGCAGGUAGGCGGGGUCAAGGGAGGCUCCAGCCAGCACCACUACGAUGCCCGGCAGGUCGUGCUCCACGCCGACUAUGCGAAAGACACGCCGGCACUGCGGACCUCACUGACACUGGUGCCCAACAGCCACGGGCGCGGCGGUGACAUAGAGGGCGGCCUGGAGAAAUUGACCACCCACACGGAGAGAUGUGGCCCGGGGAAGCCCAUCUCCCGCACCUCCCCUUUCAGCUUCUCCUCGCUGGAGGGCCCAAAGGUUCCGCCAGUCACCCAGCCACCUCCCACCGUCAUCCAGGCGGUGCAGACCACAGAGACACUGCCCGUGGGUCUCCCGACGGCCGGCUUCUACCCCGCAGGCCAGCCACCCAUCAUCGGCUACAUCGCAGGGGCCGGCCAGGCGCAGCAGCAGCCAGUCAGCUACCAUGCUGGGCUUCCCCAGCACCUGCUCAUUCCCGCCAGUCAGCCACUGCUCAUCCCGGUCAGCGGCGGCACAGCCUCCGAGCUGGAGCCACCCCCGCCAGCCGCCUCCACCGCUGCCCAGCCGUUCUCCACGGCACUGCCUCAAGCCUACAUGGCUGCGACCCUCCCCAAGUGCGAGGUGUUCCGCCCUGGAGAGCACCAGUCCCUGGCCCCCUACCACGCAGCUGCCGUGGUGCAGACCGAGCUCCACCUGCCCAUGGUUUCAACCACACCUGCUGCCGGUGUCCUGGCCUCGCCCCCGCCCGCCUCACCACCACCGCCCGCUUCCUGCCCCUCGUUGCCCCCCUACUUCAUGAAGGGCUCCAUUAUUCAGCUGGCAGACGGCGAGCUGAAGCGGGUGGAGGACCUGAAGACCGAGGACUUCAUCCAGAGUGCGGAGAUCAGCGGCGACCUGAAGAUCGACUCCAGCACAGUGGAGCGGAUCGAUGGCAGUCAGACCCCCAAUUCCGCCAUUAUUCAGUUUGCAGUCGGGGAGCACAGGGCACAGGUGAGUGUGGAGGUUCUGGUGGAAUAUCCCUUCUUCGUGUUCGGCCAGGGCUGGUCGUCCUGCUGCCCGGACAGAACCACCCAGCUGUUUGAGCUGUCAUGCGCUAAGCUGUCUGUGGGUGACGUCUGCAUCUCCCUCACCCUCAAGAGCUUGAAGAACGGCUCUCUGCGGAGAAGUCAGACUCUGGACUCAGCAGACAGCAAUGGUGACUCCCUGACCAAGCCUCAUAAGGUGGACCCAGGGUGCCGGAGCAGGGGGAGUCACUCCGGGGAGCGGGACAACGGGCCGAGGCAGUGGCCCAGGAGUACUGUCGGGACGGUGGAACCCACUUGCACCCAGGCUGUCUUGGAAAACGGGGAACUGGCAUGUGAAGAGAAGAAAAGCUUGUCGGCGCAGACACCCUUGGCGGAUCCAGGUGGAGCUGACAGACCUACGAGCAGGAAGCGGAGGUGGUCUGCCCCAGAGGGCCGCCAGGUGGAGAAGUCAGACGAGGAACCCCCGUUGACUUUGCCCAAGCCCUCUUUUAUUCCUCAGGAGGUCAAAAUUUGCAUCGAAGGCCGGUCAAUUAUAGGGAAAUGAAUGCUGAGAGAACUUUAACUAAUAGAGAGAGUUGAAAAACACACUCAGCUUUUAUUUGGUAUUUCGUUUUGUUUUCAAACCAGAUAACUGUACUGUAGGCUAUGUGUCCGUUAGUAUUUUUGUUAUCAAAUUACUUUUCUUUCGUUUAGGACUUUGGGGUUCUUUGCACUUGGUAUUACAUGGCGAAUCAAUGCUGUUGUAUUUGUUAGGUAGAUAAGAGGGUCAACCAUACCUGUUUGUGACUUUAAUUUCCUCUUAAGAUCCACCUUACUGCUCAUUUCUCCUCAAAGCAGAAGAACACGCUGCAUUUCGUGUUAUCCUAGGCAGAGGAAGAGAUAAGACUUAAUCAUGACAGUGGCCACAUUCGGCGUUUCACCAAAACACACUAGAAGAGAUGGACCCUUUGAGAACCCUUGAACCAGGUGCAGCAAUGUGGUGCAACACUACCGGCAGGUCUUAGGUUAUGCCUCUUAGUUUAGAGCAUCAACAAUGUACCGAUUGUACGGGUUGGCAAGGGCAGAUGCCCCCCCCACCCACUGUUUGUUUCCAUGGCAACAAGGCCAUAAGUGGCAGUUUACAUGAUGUCAGCUACCCCGUUCCAUGUACUAACUCAGUUUGCAUUGUGUGAACUUGUGCACUUUCAUAUGUUCUGUAGCUAUUUAUGGGGCCUGCUCUCACUUCACGUGUAAGAAAAGAUAACUGACAACUUGCACGCUGCUCCUGCUUCAGGCUUUGGUCAAAGUUGAGCAUACACAUCAGUCCUAGAGCCUGUCAUGUUUUGCCGCACAUGGGUUAUCCAGAACGAUGGAUAUUUAAGGUCACUUUAAAGAAAAGCUGGUGCAGAUACGAAUAGCUUUUAAAGGGAUGUACUCAUACUAGGUUGAGCAUGGAAGCCUCUGUGGAUUACUUUGAUUUAGUGUAGCGUGGAGCCGUCUUGGCUCUUUUAUAUGGGAAUGUGGUUUGGGUUUUCUGCGAAAUUUUUAUUUAAUCUGAAAGCCAAUAGGAUGAGCAGUACUGUCAGUAAAUAUUGUUUAGCAUGUAAACUGGAGAAUCAGUGUUCUCCCUUGGCUGUUGGUAAACGCGUGCUUCAGUCCGUAGAAGAGCUUGGUCUUGAUAACCUGGGAUGACAGUAUAAUACUCGCUCUUUUCGCCUGGAACCUCAGUAGUUGCCAAGGGGAGUGAGAGGGUUCUGUUGAACGAUCAGGCAGUAGUGCGUCUCUGCAAGCCUUUGCUCCAGGCCGUCUCAGUGGAUACUCGGGGCUCUGCUACGAUGGCAGCGCCGUGGCUUGUAAGCGUGGCCACAACAUUAGGGAUGCAGCAUCCAGCUCGUUCAUCUUCACAGUUGGGUGCGUCUCACCUUCCUCACAUGUCAUGUUGGUCAGUAGCCAAAGGCACCACCUACACAUGGGUUUUUAUUGACAUUUUAUAGUUAUUAACACACAAGAGAGUUCUAUAUCUUCCAUAGUUAAUUGAACGCAGGAUAAAAUGCUAAAUAGAUAUUGCCCAUGUUGCCCUUUGUAGAAGUUUUUUCUUAUUAUUAAUCUUUGAGCUUUCCUAGGGGAGCCCUCGUCAAAGGUAGGGGCACCCAACUCAGGUUUUAUCCCAGCUAGAAUGCAUUAGGUGCCAGUGGUGAGGAGGUCCAGACUGGAUCAAGUUGUGUUGGGUCUGCUGAGCUCCUCAACCUCUCAUUGCCCUAUGUUUCCCAAUUCGGUCUUUGGGGACCCACAGCCAGUCCAUGUUUUUGCUCCUUGCCAGCUCCUAGACCAAAAAUGUGGACUGUCUGACAGGGAACUUGGAGGGAGAAAAAACGUGGACUGACUGUGG